UUUUAUGUUAGGAGCGUUGUCAAUUAUGACAUUAAAAAAUAUGGUCAUACGUGAACUAAUUUAACAUCAAUAUUGAAAUUUUUUUAAUCUCAAUAAGUACUUAUAAAUUUUGAUCAUGUCGUCGUCUGCAAUAUAUAUUUUAGAUGUUAAAGGCAAGGUGUUAAUUUCGAGGACAUAUCGUGGCGAUAUAGAUUUGUCUGUUAUUGAUAAAUUUAUGCCUCUGUUAAUGGAAAAAGAAGAGGAAGGAUUAAUCACUCCCAUUAUUCAAACAACAGAAUGCACAUUUGCCUACAUCAAAACCAACAAUUUAUAUAUUGUUUCAACAACUCGAAAAAAUGCCAAUAUCGCUUUAGUUUUUGUAUUUUUGCAUAAAAUUGCACAAGUAUUUAUUGAAUAUUUUAAAGAACUUGAGGAAGAAUCAAUUCGAGACAACUUUGUUGUUAUUUACGAACUUUUAGACGAAUUAAUUGACUUUGGCUAUCCUCAAACAACUGAUAGCAAAAUAUUACAAGAGUAUAUCACCCAAGAAGGUCAUAAAUUGGAAAUUCAACCAAGAAUACCGAUGGCUGUGACGAAUGCCGUGUCAUGGAGAUCUGAGGGAAUUAAGUAUAGAAAAAAUGAAGUGUUUUUGGAUGUUAUUGAAUCAGUUAACUUAUUGGCUAAUGCUAAUGGAAAUGUGUUGAGGAGUGAGAUUGUAGGUGCUAUUAAAAUGCGUGUUUACUUAUCUGGAAUGCCAGAACUAAGAUUAGGACUAAAUGACAAAGUACUUUUUGAGAGCACAGGCCGCGGAAAAUCAAAAUCGGUUGAGUUAGAGGACGUUAAAUUUCAUCAAUGUGUUAGACUUUCUAGAUUUGAAAAUGAUAGAACGAUCAGUUUCAUUCCACCAGAUGGGGAAUUUGAAUUAAUGUCAUAUAGAUUGAAUACGCAUGUUAAACCAUUAAUUUGGAUUGAAUCUGUAAUAGAACGGCAUGCUCAUAGUAGAGUUGAAUAUAUGAUAAAAGCCAAAUCACAGUUUAAACGUCGAUCGACUGCAAAUAAUGUCGAAAUCGUUAUUCCAGUUCCAGGAGAUGCAGACUCUCCGAAAUUCAAAACUACGAUUGGUAGCUGCAAAUAUGCUCCAGAACAGAAUGCCAUCACAUGGACUAUUAAAUCAUUUCCCGGUGGAAAAGAAUACCUUAUGCGUGCUCAUUUUGGUUUACCAAGUGUAGAGUGUGAAGAUUCCGAAGGAAAACCACCAAUUCAAGUUAAAUUUGAAAUACCUUAUUUUACAACAUCUGGAAUCCAAGUACGAUACUUAAAAAUUAUUGAAAAAAGUGGAUACCAAGCACUUCCUUGGGUCAGAUAUAUAACACAAAAUGGUGAUUACCAGCUAAGAACUAAUUAAGAGUACCCGUCGAAAAAAAAAAUAUGCUUCAGCACACAUUUUUAAAAAAGUAUUUAGAUCUUGUUUUCGUAAAGAUAAUUUUAAUUGAAAAGACACUAGUAUUAAUACAAAAAAAAGCGUCGAAGCAAAUUAUAUAUACAAUUUUUAUA